AUGGGAGACAUCGUUCCAGAUACGCCAACAGCAUUGCGCUGGUCGGACAGCAAUGUCGAAACGCCUGCAUUGAUCGUUGCUCCGGAAAAUGAAAACGAAGUCAUCAAAGCCAUACAGCAAGCCAGAGAGUACAAAUUGAAGGUCUUGGUAGCGGGUGGAGGAACAGCAGCAUUCGUACCAGUCACGGAGAACACGCUCCACCUGUCGAUGGAACGUUUCAAGCAUAUCAAGCUCGACGAGUCAACCCAGACUGUCGAUAUCGGCGGAGGAGUUCUUGCUGGCCAGCUGAUCCAAUACCUUGACGAUCGAGGCUACUACACUGUAUACCCAGGAAGCAAUGCGGUUGGUAUGGCAGGCUUUGUGCUCGGGGGAGGAGGACACCACUUCCUUGGCCUCCAUGGCCUGGCAGUCGACAACGUCGUCUCGUUCCAACUCAUAACUGCCGAAGGCAAGUCUAUUGUAGCCAGUCAGACAUCGCCUAGAGAAGAAGCAGCCUUGUUCCAAGUUCUGCGGGGUGCUGGAUUCGGCUACGGCGUGAUCACAUCGUUCCGGAUGAAGGUCUACCCUCUGUCGACCCUUCAGCUCGCACAUAAUCAAGUCAUCACACGUCGCCUGGUAUUUGAUGGCUCAAGCAUUUGCACUGCUGCACGGGCUUUUGGGUCGGUUGGCAGGCCUCCAGCUCGACUUCGUAUAUCCUUGCACAUGACCCGUGCUCCCGCGAACGUCCCUGGCUCUGGUCAGGCAUUGCUGAUCCUCGAUGCCAUGUACAUUGGGCCUGAAGACGAGGCACACGACGCUUUUGCUCCACUUCGCCGAGAUGAUAUCGCACGUGAAGCACUGUCCAUAAAGCAGUUCGCUCAAUCGCUCGAUAAGAUCAACGAAGCCGCCGAGCCUGGCGAUAUUCGGGGCGGUUUCAAAGACUUGAGCAUGGUUGCAAUGAAAGAGCUCUCUCUCGAAGCCAUCCGGGAAGCCUAUACUCGCUGGUUCGCAUUAACAGAAGACCUGGAAGAUGCGAAACGCAGUUUCGUGACCAUAAGUCGUUUCGAUACCACCCUAUCGGAGCAGGUGGGUGCGGUAGACGACUUUUGCAACAAGACGCUUUGCACCUCUACACGAGAUCGAUAUACUGCUUGUGUUAUUGGUACCUGCUUCAACAAACCUGAGCUGAGACACACAUCAGAGGCUUACGCUGGGUACAUCCGGGAUGCUCUUACGAAAGACGACGAACGGCCUCGGCGAACGAAUGUGAAUUGCAUGCGGCCGCAUCCACCACUUCGCGAAAUGUUCUGGGACGGGCAAGUGGCAGAGCUCCGGAGAGUGAAGGAAGUGUGGGACCCUGAGGAUCUGUUCUGGUGCCCGUGGCUUCAGGAUAGGUAA